AUGUAUAAGUUGUUGAGUAUCUGGGAUUCAACGCUGCUGUUUAGCUCCGCCCAAAAUGAUUCUAAUUCUACAUCUGUGGGCUGCCCAUCCUCUGCCGGCCCCGCCCACUCGAUACCUGCCCAUCAUUCACCGGCCCCGCCCACUCUGCGCCCGCCCAUCCUCUGCCGGCCCCGCCCACUCGAUACCUGCCCACCAUUCGCCGGUCCCGCCCACUCUGCGCCUGCCCAUCCUCCGCUGACCCCGCCCACUCGGCACCUUCCCUCCCGCUGCCGGCCCCGCCCACUCAGCACCUGUCCAUCCUCGGCCGGCCCCGCCCACUCUGCGACACCUCCACCCCCUCAGCCAGAGCUGCGCCAGCUCCGCACUCGGAGCCCUGCAGCCGGUGCCGUCAUGGUGAAGCUCCGGGAUAAGGUGGCCGCGAAAGCAGUUGCACGGACGACCCCAGCCGCGAAUGUUGUGAAGCCGGAGAAGGAUGGCGAGGGCCCGGAGGGUGAAGCAGUGUCCCGGGCCCUGACUCCGAGCAGCAGUGUGGAGUUUGCAGAAGCCCGGCGGAGGCUGCUGGAGUUGGAGCGGCGGCAGCGCCGGGUCCGGGAGCUGGAGGUCGGCUUGCAGCAGCUGCACGAUAUGUUGGUGAGGGCCGAGCAGGAGGCAGUGGAGCACGGGGAGCUGGUUAAUCGGAUCCGGAUCAGGGCUCAGCAGGGAGAGGUCGGACUCACCGCCCGCAGCCAGAGCAUCAAAACCCGCCUCAAAUGCAGGGGACACCGGGCGCCUUUCCUCGUCGCCGCCGCCUUUGGGCUCCGCGGCUGCGUCCCUUGGGCUAGUAAAUGAGGAGAGGGACUGAUUGGCCGGCGGCCGCAGGUCUGUGGCAUUGUUCUUUGGGUCCCCGAAUCUUAUCGACAUUCAGAAUGUAAAUCACAUCAAAAUAAAUCUAUUUAACACAUUGA